GGUCCCAGAGGAGCUGCAGCUGUGCCCGUGGGAAGAGCGCGCCCGCCUGGCGGAGGAGAAGAGAGAGGCAGCCCGCUCUCCGCUUUGGCUCUCCGGGAAGGACGCGGAGGAAGAGACGGCUGGCUGAGCAGAGCUGCACAGCUUUUUUACACCACAGAUCUCCUAUUUCCCUUUCCUCCACGAAGAAAAUGUGGAAUCUGGAACACAUCCGCUUGAUUUGCAUCUGUUUGCUUUGCCUCAUUUUCACGGAGGAAAGUAAAACGGAACCAGGAAAAUAUUCGGAAACCUACUGCAUGUUUCAAGCUAAGAAGUAUCAAAUAGGACAAAGAUGGAAUCCUUACCUUGAACCCCAUGGACUUGUUCCCUGCCUCGAGUGUCGCUGCACAGAGGGGGGGAACGUGCUGUGUAUGAAAGUCAAGUGUGCAACCUUGCGAUGUUCCAACCAAGUAUUUGAACCCACAAAAUGCUGUCCAAAGUGUCCAGUGUGCAUUUCAAAUGGAAAAACCUACUCACAGGGAGAAAUCUGGCAUCCCGUGCUCCGGCUCCAUGGUACUGUGGAAUGUGUCUUAUGUACUUGCAAGGGCACUAAGCCAGAAUGUAAAACAAUCCAGUGUCCCUAUCAAUAUCCCUGCGAACACCCGAAGAAAAUUAAAGGGCAAUGCUGCAAAGUUUGCCCAGAAGAUAUUGAAAGUCAACUCCCUGACAAUUUCUGUGGUGAGGAGACAUUUCCAGUUUACGAAGGCAUUCUUGACUCUUUUGAAGGAACCGUCCAAAAAAUAGCCUUGGAAAAAAAUGAAACUUCAGAAGUGGAGAUCUACACAUGGACAACUAAGAGAGGUAUCCUGAUCAAAUCUCAUAACACCAUGCCCAUGGAGGAAUUCAGACAACUGUCAUAUUUCCAGCAGAUCACAAGGACGACUCUGAAUAAAUGGGAAAUAUUCAGCGAGGAAGCAGCGCAGGUCAACCACUGUGAAAAUCGAGACUGCAGGACUGAACUGGAAGAACUGCUGAAAGUUUUGUACCUUGAGAAAUUGGAACAGGAGGGUUGCUGAAGGAAGGUCUGAAGAAGGAAACCGAGAGAAAAAAGAUGAAUCCGCAGCAGGAACUGCGGGCUUGUUUUGUUUGAUGGUACCCUGGAAAGAAAAGAAAGAAAGAAAGAAAGAAAGAAAGAAAGAAAGAAAGAAAGAAAGAAAGGAAAAGAAAGAGAGAGAAAGAAGAAAAGUAUUCAUCUCAUGCCCAGCAUAUCUUGCUGCUCUGUGCCUAAAUCUGUGCUAGUCCUUUUAAUAUCGCUACUUCAGAAAUGGUGGCUCUUUGUCAGUGGUGGGAUUCAAAUAAUUUAACAACCGGUUCUCUGCCCU